UACACAAAUGUACAUCACAGGGACACGAACUCGAACUGUUUUAGGCUUUUAGCUUCUCUGAGUUUUGACCUACAACACUCUCCAAUCCCCUCUUGUGUGUUGUAGCCGCCCCGUGAUCAUCAAUGGCGGAAACUGCUGACAAAUCUCAAUCUCUCGCCGAGGAAUAUUAUGUGAAUGACAAGCAAACAACUGUAGUUGAAAAAGCUGUUGAGGUCAAAGAAGUUGAAAACCCAAAGGUAGCUGCUUCUGAGGAACCAGUUGCUGAGAAAACUGUGGAAGAAACAACUCCUGUUGCCCCUGCAGUUGCUCAGGAAAGCAGUGAAGUCACCCCUCCUCCUGCUGAAGAAAGCACUGAAGAGCAAAGUAGUGGAAAUGUUGAGGAAAACUCUGGCAAUGAAGAUGUAGCUGAAGAGACCCCUGAAAUUAAGCUUGAAACUGCUCCAGCAGAUUUCCGUUUUCCAACUACAAAUCAAACCAGGCAUUGCUUUACCCGAUACAUUGAAUAUCAUCGAUGUGUAGCUGCUAAAGGAGAAGGUGCACCAGAAUGUGACAAGUUUGCCAAAUAUUAUCGUUCUCUUUGCCCUGGUGAAUGGGUGUAGGUUUGGUUACCCUAACCUAACAUCGGAACCAAGGUGAGAGUUUUUUCAAACUGAUGUAACCGAUGUAAAAAUUCCUCAGUUCUGCCGGAGACAUAGCAACAAACCCAACACCUUUAUCCUUCCCACAAAACCAGCACCCCCCACCACCAAACAACCUACACAUUCUCACCAAUCCCACCUUCUCAGAAGCUGCUGCCGCUUGGCAUUGGUAAGUAAUUGUGCACCAAAACUUCUAAAAGAAUCAUACAAAUAUCACAUUAAUAUUAUUGAAUGAGUGAGCGAGCGAGAGAAAGAUAAUCCAUUUAAAAAAGGUGAUAGAUUGCUUUUGAUUCAAGCACUCAGAUUCACAUGCAACACCUAAGAUAAAUCCAACAGAAAAAAAUGAGACCCUUUUGAUAUGAAAAGAUUGGCGAGUAACGAAAACCUAGGAAAAUUGAAACUUAUUAUUCAAACUGAUUUGAAUCCCAAACAAUUUUUUUUUCAUAGUUACAUCCAUUACAAAGGAAAUCAACCCAGAAUCCUCGAGAUCCUACUUAAAACAAAACAUGAACCAACAACCCCAAAGAUGAGACAACAAAGACUCAUUGAAUCUUAUUUUGAUAAGAACACGAACCAGGCAUUCAAAGAAAAAUACAAGGAUUCAAAAAGACAAAAAAUGCAACUUUCAUUUACCUUUGUUCCCCAACCAUCCUCUCUGAUGUUCACUGUGGCUUUCAGCACUCACCUCGAGAACCAGAUCCAUGCUACACGCAGCCCGCACACAAAGGUCGCAAAUCGAUGAAGGAAAUUGAGGGAUUUGUGAUCCGCACACGAUGACACACAACUCCCUUCUCCUCAGACAGAGAUUGUGUUGGUGUUGGUGUCGAGAAGAACGACGGUCCGCAUAGAGGGGUUUGUAUCCGCAGAGAUGGGGAAAUAGUUUUGACACAUGUCAGCAUUCAAUUGGCCAAUGGACUGACUUAUGUGCAUAGUCAUCAGACAUGUAGUUUCAGAUAAAUGGAUUUAAAUUCUGCGAGGACAAUAAACAGAUAAAAAAUUUUGCAGGGAUGGAUUUUGAACAUUUCGAUAUUUAUAGGGAUGAAAAACAUAUUUUAGCCUAUUUUUUUUCAUGGAAAUGGAGUUACAUCUUUUACUAGUUAUGUAAGUUGUUGUAAAGAAAUUUCAUCUGGUAUGCUACAAUUUAGCAUUUCUUUUGUUUUUUA